CUGCGCGAAGGAACGCUCGCGGAAAAUGGUCUACAGAACGACAGUCGGCUCACAUUGCUGCCGAGUGUGGAAACCGGACUGUUGGCCCAACGGCCGGAGCAGAGUGUAAUGCAGGCCUUGGAGAGUCUCAAUGACUCACAGGUGAACGACUUUUUGUCCGGUAAAGCGCCGCUUAACCUGACGAUGCGAUUGGGCGAUCACAUGAUGCUGAUACAGCUGCAGCUGUCCACCGUAACCCCGGCAUCACCGACUGCCAAUCAGACGACGAGCUCUAGUACCAGCAACAACUUGCCCGCCAGUGGCAAUGCCACGAGCAGCAAUGCAUCCAGCUUAUCCAGCGGCCACGUUUCUUCCUCGUUGCAGGCGAGAAGAUGUCUGGCAGCUAGAUCGCCAGGGAACAUUGUCAAGUCGCAAAAUGCCGGCAAUGGACUGAACGGCAGAACGUCGCAUCUAAUUAGCAGCCUUGCUAGCGCCCUACACGCCGCCGCCGGUUACAGCAGCAAUAGCAAUACUCUGUCCACCGCUGGCAUCACUACCACUACCACUAGCCCGGUUUGCUCCAGUCGCGUUACGUCCGUCUCCGCCACACCGAUCAGUCCAGUGCAUUCGCCAUCAUCGUCGUCGUCGUCGUCGUCGUCAUCAUCGUCGACGUCGUCCUCCAGCAACUCAAGUCAGUCGCAAUCCUCGCGCAAUCCGCACGGCGUUUCGCCUACGAGCAGUAACUCCUCCAGCGCCUGCCAACCCUGCCCGCUCUAUCACCACCAUCAUCAUCAUCACGGCCAUCAUCACGGCCACCAUCAUGGUCAUCAUCAUCACCAUCACCAUCACCAUCAUCAUCACCAUUCAAGGAACAACAAAUCUAGCUUGCCCAAUCUUUCCUCCUCCUCCUCUUCCUCCGCCACGAGUUCCGUCCCUAUUCAGGAGCAGACUACUUUAGAGCCGACGAUGUCUUACGACGCGACGCUACCCAGGAAAAAGUUCUGUAGCGGCCACUAUCAUCACGGCCAGCAAUCGUCAUCCGUUACCUUCAAUGGUAUUGAUGUCACGAGAAGUCAGCACGACGAAUCGAAUCCGCAGAGCUCCAGCUGCACCUCCUCGCUGAUGCUGGAACAGUCACCGCCCAAGCCUGCCACUCUCGACACCCGCGCACUCGCCGAAGCUUCCCGGAAUCUUACGCAGAAGUUGAAGCAGCUCUCCUCUGAGGUACUCAGCUCGCGGGUCGACCUCGCAGAGGAGAACGCGCGACGUAGGCAAGGCGCGAUAAUAGAGAGUAUGCAUCAUCACGGUAAGGGCGUCUACUCCGGCACGUUCAGUGGCACUUUGAACCCAGCUCUCCAGGAUAGACACGGUCGGCCGAAGCGGGACAUCAGCACCAUCAUUCACAUUUUGAAUGAUCUGCUCUGCGCGACGCCGGCUGCAUCCGCAGGCCACUAUAGGCAUCAUCAUCAUAGGCAUUCGCACACUCGUCAACAGUCCUCCUCGAUGUCCACAUCCUCUGCCAGCAUAACCACUGCGGGUGGAUCGAAUAUGUCGGUCGGAUGUCAUGAUUCCACACCAGGAUACUCCAACGAAGAAUUGUCGAAGGAGAACGAGGCGACAAAGGGCAAGAUGCGUCGGCUGCGCUUAGUCAUGGAACAACGUCGCGCCAAAAGGAAAGCUAGGCGACAGGCGCGCGCGGCACCUUAUACCACGCAAUGGGCCGCGAUGACUCCCGCCGAUCCGAAUCACGAGCCGAACGCAUCGACGGCGGCCUCGGGUACCACCACCACCACCACAAGCACCAACAGCGCGGAACCGCAGAACGAGCCGGAGCUUCAACCGUGCAGUCCCGAACCGGUCGUAGCUUAAAAUACUAUCGAGUCACUAAACGAGUCAAUUCACGGCACACAGUAGUAGUAGCCUCUAUAUCGUAAUACAUAGAGAGUAUAAUUGUCUCUCUCUUUUAUCCGUUCUUACCUGAUCGCACUGAUUUAUUCCAAGAAAAACGGAAAAAAAUACAAUAUGAUGCAGGGUCGAACGUGUUCUAUUACAGGUAUAGUUACACAUUCAUUUCGCUGUACAACUCUCUCGUUCUGUUUGAUAUGUAACCAAACGCUGCAACGUUUUAUACAUUAAUUUGAUACCCUGUUUUCGUCGAUAUUCCCCUCGCCGUAUAAUCUAGAUUCUAGAUCAUUGCCACCAAGAUUCGAGUUUUUCUCUCGAGUAUGAUGCAACUGUUUCGCUUUCUACGAUUUGUGUUAUCGUACGCGAAUAAAAAACGUUAUUUCGACGAGAUUUGAUUGACGAAUCAGAAGAUGAAAAGUUCAAUUUAUCAUUUUUUCUUUUCAGAGCCCAUAGUACUCAGAAUCUAACUUGAUCGAUAUAAAAUAUUUUUUUGUCUCUUAUUAUUAUUUUCUUUUUUAUUUUUUUAGAGAAUUUAGUUCCAGGAUAAGGCUCUUGCCUUUUUCCAUCUUCUCUUCGCUUUCUUUUCCCUCAUAAAUGUCUCCAUAAAUGUCGACAAAGCCAAGUCGUAGACGCGUUGAAUUAGAAUGUUUAUGCGUUGAUAAAAAAUAAUGGCGCGUGACAUUAUAGCUAUUAUAACGAAAGAUAUAUAUAGUGUUACCGCUAUAAUAAAGCUAUGUAUAUUUCAUUAUAUACAUAUAUACAUAUAUAUA